GCUCAGGUUUCGGUUUGAGAUUUGCUGUCUCCACCGCUUUCCCAGCCUGCUUUGUGAGUUCAUGUUUUUUGGCCACGUCCCCAGGCCACGUCGCUGCUUCUCGCCAUUUUACUCGGAUCGCUAAAGAAGAGGUGGAAGAUAGCGGGCCAGAUAGUCCUCGCUGCAUAAAGAAAAAGAGGGAGUCUCCACAAUCCCGUCUGAAGGCGCUGACCGAUUAGCAACGCGUUCAAAAAUAACAAAAAAAACAUGAACAUCUUCAGGCUCACCGGCGAUCUUUCCCAUCUAGCAGCCAUCAUCAUACUGCUGCUCAAAAUAUGGAAGACCAGGUCUUGUGCCGGUAUCUCUGGGAAAAGCCAGAUUCUUUUUGCAUUGGUCUUCACCACCCGUUACUUGGAUCUGCUCACCUCUUAUAUCUCUCUCUAUAACACCUUCAUGAAGGUUGUCUACAUCGGCUGUGCGUAUGCCACUGUGUACUUGAUCUACAUGAAAUUCAAGGCGACCUACGAUGGCAACCACGACACGUUCCGGGCGGAGUUCUUGGUGGUGCCCGUGGGUGGGCUGUCCUUCCUCGUCAACCAUGACUUCACCCCUCUUGAGAUCCUGUGGACCUUCUCCAUCUACCUGGAGUCUGUGGCGAUCCUUCCACAGCUCUUCAUGAUCAGCAAGACCGGUGAGGCGGAGACCAUCACCACUCACUACCUGUUCUUCUUGGGGCUGUACCGGGCACUGUACCUCAUCAACUGGAUCUGGCGUUUCUACUUUGAGGGCUUCUUCGACCUGAUCGCCAUCGUGGCCGGCGUGGUGCAGACCAUCCUCUACUGUGACUUCUUCUACUUGUAUGUCACAAAAGUACUGAAAGGAAAGAAGCUCAGCCUUCCUGCUUAAGUGCCAAAAUUAAAACAACAACCCAGCAGCAUCUGCCCUUGGAGUCACUGGGGCAGAAGAGAUCUUUGCCACAAGUUAGCGUAAGAUGCUUGAGACAGAGAGGGCGACAGGGAAACACUACUGUUUUUGUAUCAUUUUACACCAACAACUCCGGAACAAAACAGAGGGGCCCCUCCACCGCCUUCGGAUUUCUGUUUUAUGCAUCUUGCCUUACCUUUUUUUUAUUACUCUGUAUAAAAAAUAACAAUUUUCUACAUAUGAAGAUUGACAGUAAGAAAAAAAAAAAAAAGUUAAGUGGUGAUAUUCUUAACAAACAAAAUAAAAAUAAAAAAAACACUUUUUUCUAAGAGUCUGUUUGCAGUCAGAAUAAAAAGUGAAAACUAUUUGCUGAUCUUUUAAAAAGGAUAGUUUUGGGCAUCUAACUGGCCUGAUUUGCCAGAAAACCAGCUGAUCAGUGUCAUUUAAUUUUUUUUUUCCCUGUUUCCAUUCAUUUUCCCAUUGUAUUUAUUUGGAUAAGCCAGCUGCUUUGUACAAAGCCAGUAAAAACUCUCAGCGUCCUGCCUGUUCUCUUCUCUGCUUCUAUUUCAAUCUCCCUUUUUCUGAGCGGUUACCUCUAUCCCUGGGUUACACUCAAAGGUGCCCUGGCCUCUACACUGAUGUGACAGGCUUGCUCCUUGGCAGGUGAUUGAGGGAGUGCAUAGCCUUGUUUUGUGUAAUGCCCAGAGACCUUUCUUUACAGAAACACAGCUUUUGAUAAACUGCCCUGCUACAAUGAAAUGCAUUUGCGGUAAAUUGCUUUUCUUCAUGUAACCCUACAGUAAACUUGUGUUUACUUUCUAAUUUAUCUAUCCAAUUUCUGGCACUCCAGUUUAGGGAUGUAUAAAUAUAUUUUCCAACACUAGGGUCUCCAUUUCAAUUAUUUCCAUACCCUCUAUUUUUUUAGAGUAGAAAAGCUGUUACUGGAGACACUGCAGUGAAGUAUGGAUUUAGGGUAAUGGGUGAAACAUGAAACCGUGUUACUAUGAAAUACAGAUCCUUUGCUGGAAUUAGUAAAUUUGUUUAAGGUAAAUUAAAAACAUACCCAUAGGCCUACAUAUGUUUCUUUUUUCUUUUUUUUUUGUAUAGGGGAGUAUUGAAGUUUUUGUUUUAGUACUUUUUUUUUUUUUUUUUUAAUGGCUUUGGCUAUUCUGUUACUGAUCCAAAUCAUUCCUCUAGGUGUGUGUUUUUUUUUUUUUUUUUUUUUUUUAACUCAGCUGUUGCAUGAUGUUAUCCUGUGAUAUCACCCCAAAUUAAAAAUGUAUGGGAAAACUCUA